GCUUAAGUAUUGUUUUCGUUUACAGAAACAGCAACUUAAAACGAGAGAUAUAAACCUGUAUGAUUUUUCUUAUAAUUUGCCUCCUGCAAAUAAGCUUAAGUCUUUGUCUCCCUCAGUCUUCUUCUCUUUCCUAGCUAAAUAUCACAACAUACUUCCUUACUGCCUUCCUUCCAUCUUUUCUUCAACGCUUCUGUAAAUUUUGAUUUCUAAAGCAACGGCACAAUUGCGUUCUUCUAGCCCUAGUUACGCAGUAAUAUAAGGACAGGUGGAAACCUGCAGGUUGCCACGUUCAUUGCAAAGUGUCCACAGUAAAGAUAAAGGAGAAAUUACCCGGCAAUGAAAACGAGAAUGAGAUAAAUUACCAAAUUACAUUAAAAGCGUGCUCUUAUGUUAGAGAUUUAAAGUUCCUCUCAGAAAUCCCGGAGGAUUUUGACCUGAAGUAAAAGUGAACUUCUUCCGGGUGGUGGAAAAGUAAACUGUCAACUAUUUACUUUGGUGGGGGGGGGGAGGUGCUGGGAAGGAACUGAGGCGGAAAGCCUCUGGAAGUGACGGUGCAGGCCAAUACCAGGAGGUCAAGUCUCCAGUGUCCCUUCGGCCCUUAAGUGCAGGGAAACGCAAGGCGAGGGACGAGGGACGAUCCCCGCCUUUCUCCAGCCCUUUCUCCUCCCGCAAAUGACAGCGGUGGCGAAGAUCCGGGCCCGCCGCGCGAGGCACUCUGGGAGCGGAAGAAGGAGGCCGCGCGAGGGCUGGCGAACCGGAAGAAGAGGAACUGGGCCUGGAAGGGCCCCGGUAACCACUACUGCUGCCGGUGUUUGCGGGUGGCAGGGAGCCAGGCCUGGCGAGCGGGGUGUGUCGCGAUGCCGGAGCUGGCGGUGCAGAAGGUGGUGGUCCACCCCCUGGUGCUGCUCAGUGUGGUGGAUCAUUUCAACCGAAUCGGCAAGGUUGGAAACCAGAAGCGUGUUGUUGGUGUGCUUUUGGGGUCAUGGCAAAAGAAAGUACUUGAUGUAUCAAACAGUUUUGCAGUUCCUUUUGAUGAAGAUGACAAAGACGAUUCUGUGUGGUUUUUAGACCAUGAUUAUUUGGAAAACAUGUAUGGAAUGUUUAAGAAAGUCAAUGCCAGAGAAAGAAUAGUUGGCUGGUACCACACAGGCCCUAAACUACACAAGAAUGACAUUGCCAUCAACGAACUCAUGAAAAGAUACUGUCCUAAUUCCGUAUUGGUCAUCAUUGAUGUGAAGCCGAAGGACCUAGGGCUGCCCACAGAAGCGUACAUUUCAGUAGAAGAAGUCCAUGAUGAUGGAACUCCAACCUCGAAAACAUUUGAACACGUGACCAGUGAAAUUGGAGCAGAGGAAGCUGAGGAAGUUGGAGUUGAACACUUGUUACGAGAUAUCAAAGACACGACGGUGGGCACUCUGUCCCAGCGGAUCACAAACCAGGUCCAUGGUUUGAAGGGACUGAACUCCAAGCUUCUGGAUAUCAGGAGCUACCUGGAAAAAGUCGCCACAGGCAAGCUGCCCAUCAACCACCAGAUCAUCUACCAGCUGCAGGACGUCUUCAACCUGCUGCCAGACGUCAGCCUGCAGGAGUUUGUCAAGGCCUUUUACCUGAAGACCAACGACCAGAUGGUGGUAGUGUACUUGGCCUCGCUGAUCCGUUCCGUGGUCGCCCUGCACAACCUCAUCAACAACAAGAUUGCCAACCGGGAUGCAGAGAAGAAAGAAGGGCAGGAGAAAGAAGAGAGCAAAAAGGAUAGGAAAGAGGACAAGGAGAAAGAUAAAGAUAAGGAAAAGAGUGAUGUAAAGAAAGAGGAGAAAAAGGAGAAAAAGUAAAACAUGUAUUAAACAGCUUUUUUAAUUUGUAAAUUAAAAUCUUACAAACUAAAUCUGUGCUGCUAGAGGGUUCUUUUUCACUUGACGUGCUUAUUAGAAAGCUGACCCAACAAGAGCUCUCUGCCUCCGGUCACUCUUGCUGUGGUGCUACGUGGAAGUGAAUGGAGACUGAUCUCAAACCUGAACUGCAGCUUCAGCUGCUGUGAGUUGGGGAUAUGAUAGUCAGCUCAGGCUUCAGAUAGUGUGAGAAAAAUGAGGAGAAGUCAACAAAACGUUUUUGGUACUCUUCAUUCGUUUAUCUCUAAAACCAGGAGUUGAAUUUUCCUCAUCUUGAAAGACUCUUGGGGUCUGUUUCUGGUAUUUUACAAAAUUGCUAAGUGGAAUGCAUGAAUUGCAUUAUGUUCUCUGGUAACACGUAGAGUUCAGACCUUUCUGAACUCUGUUGAUAAUACCACACCAUGUUUUGGACCCAUAGCUCUGGCAUCCUCAGGGGUUGUGAUCCAGCUCCAUAUAUUGUUUACCUUCAAAGACACAAUUAAAUGGCUUGAUUUUUAA